AUGCUUCAUGGUUUGUCCCUGUGUCAAAGAUGUGCUUCCUACCUCUUUCAAUUACACCGUACUCUUCCUAAAGCCACUGUGAAACGUAGCCUUUCCAGUCAGCCUGUUGACAUGCUGGCCAACAACAGCUACAUACCUAGACGGGCAGUUCUUUAUGUUCCAGGUAGUGACAUGAAAAAAUUGAACAAGAUUCAGUCACUUAAGGCAGACUGCAUUGUUCUUGACUGUGAAGAUGGUGUAGCUUAUAACAUGAAGGAUGUUGCCCGACAAAACAUUGGCAAAAUGUUGGGUAUCAUAGAAUUUGGCAUUGCCGAUUGUACUGUACGUGUCAAUUCAGUGAGUAGCGGAAUUAUUGAAGAUGAUCUUAAAGCUGUUUUGAAGGCGUCACGCCUACCACAGACUGUCAUCCUCCCAAAGGUAGAUUAUGUUCAAGAAAUAGAAGAGUUCACUGCUAUGUUGGAAGAUAUUUGCUUCCAAUACAAGAUUGAAUCAUGGAAACCGGCCCUUAUUACCUGUGUCGAAACAAGUAUUGGCCUGCUUAACUUGCAGGGAGUUCUUCAACGAGCUAAAGAACUCUCACAGACUGGAUGCAGAUAUCGGUUGGAUGGUGUUUUAUUUGGAUCAGAUGAUUUUUGUGCUGAUAUUGGUGCAAUUCGGAGCAAAACAGGCAUGGAGGUUUUCUAUGCAAGGCAGAAAGUUGUAACAACAGCUAAAGCAUACAGAUUGCAAGUCAUUGAUAUGGUGGACAUCGACUUCCAUGAUUUGGAUGCUCUUAAAAAAACAUCUAUAGAAGGUGCCGGAAUGGGUUUUACUGGCAAACAAGUGAUCCACCCUGCACAAGUGCCUGUCGUCCAAGUGGCAUUCAGCCCUUCUCUGGAGAAAGUAGCUUGGGCAACUGAUCUCAUCAGACAAUUUGAAGAUCAUGUAGCUGCUGGAAAAGGGGCAUUUACAUACCAUGGCCAGAUGAUAGAUAUGCCAUUACUCUUACAGGCAAAGAACAUCAUCAACAUGUCAAAAAUUGUAGCCCAAAAAUGA